AUGAAGAUCAUCAAAAGGGUUUUGGAUGCAAAGAAAAAGGCAUUGGAUUCAAAAUUGAGGAUUUCUCUAUGGGCUAACAGACUGACUGUCAAAAGGGCUACUGGAAAGACACCUUUUGAAUUGGUUUAUAGAACAGACGUUGGGCUUCCAGUCAAAAAUCUAUUACCUAUUUACAAAUUUAUUCAAGAUCAUGAUAAUGAUAUACUUGAUCCAAUGCAGGAAAGGAUAAUGCAGGUCACAAAACUUGAGAAGAAAAGGAGAGAUGGUCACAAGAAGAAUUUAAAGAAACAACAACAGGUCAAGUACUUGUUCAACACUAGGACUUCUCAAAGAACUUUUCAACCAGGAGAUAUGGUUCUCAGCUGGAAUGCCAGAGAUCGGGACAAGGGUAAACAUGGAAAAUUUGAGGCUUUAUGA